GUCAACCGAUACUUCCGUUACUGCAAUCCUGUUCAGACAACUAUUCGGCUUCAGUUAGCUGAAAUUGCUGUGCGGCAACUGCUGUAUUUGUUGCAAAUUAGUGUUUGCUUCGUGUGUGGAGUGAUAAUUUAAUAAUAUUUAAUCAAAAUGAGCUGGCAGGAUUACGUAGAUAAGCAACUCCUGGCUUCAAGAUGUGUAACAAAAGCCGCCAUCGCAGGACAUGAUGGCAAUAUCUGGGCCAAAUCGGAAGGAUUCGACGUUUCAAAAGAAGAAUUAGCCAAAUUGGUACAAGGUUUCGAAAAACAAGAUAUUCUUACGUCGUCCGGUGUCACCUUAGCCGGCAACCGAUACAUAUAUCUUUCCGGGACGGACCGCGUCAUUAGGGCCAAAUUGGGAAAGGUUGGAGUCCAUUGCAUGAAGACGACACAAGCCGUUGUAGUAUCCCUUUAUGAAGAUCCCAUUCAGCCUCAACAAGCGGCGUCGGUUGUAGAAAAGCUAGGUGAUUACUUAAUUACCUGCGGAUACUAGAGAUAGUGUGGGCCGCUGCAAGACAGCAAUUGCCAUGCGGCGACUAUUAUAAUAUUACAAAAGUUGUAUUUUUUUCAUUAACAGCGAACAGCAAUGUGUAUAUUUGAGUGCAUAAACAAGUCUAAGUAUAAGUCUUACAAUUCACUUUAGGAACGGUUGAUUUCCUUUGAAGAUUCAUUAUACGCGUGAUCAUUGAUUUUGAUUUUCAUUGUUCCCAUGUAGGUUAUUUUAUAAGCAUUCUGUGAAACAACUUUGAAAAAGCAACACGUUCCUUCUGUUAUUUUUUGUAGGUAUUUAAUUUUGGCGUCGAUGCAGUGCUUAUAAGGUAGUCUACUUUGAUUUAUUUAUGAUUUUUUAGACUGUGGUCAAAUACCGAUCAUUGUUUUAGGGAUAUUUAGGAUACUUUCUUAAGUUGGACUCGUGUUUCUCAGACGUAUUCCGCCGCGAGCGGAGUAUUUUUGAAAAACUCUGUCAUUAUUUUUAAUUAUUUAAAAUAAGCAUUUCGUGUUAGCUUUUCUUAUACCAUUGCUAUCUCUAAAUAUUUGAUACUGAGAAAUUACAGUUAGGGUUUUUUAAUAAAAAAAUCUCUAGUCCCGCUGUUCUCUUCUUUAAUUAUUUCCUUACCUCUUACCCUUCAACCUGAAAGCUUUGUACCGUAUAGUGUAUGAAAUUAUUGGAUGUGAAAACUUUACCCGUUCGUGGUGUUUUGCCCUUUAAAAAAGCGAGAAAGCGAUCGUUUUGUUUCCAAAAAGCACAAAAAUAUGCCAAGUCUUCAUGGUAAGGUUUUUGUAUUCCCUGAUUUUGUAGCAAUUCCCACGAUGGUUUCAGCAAUAUUUUGUUUGUGUUCUUGCUUGUUCAUGUCAGUAAUCUUGUGCUAUAUGAUUGGUGUGAAUUAGUCUUUCUUCUCGUCUCUCUAAACCUAAUCUAAAUUCCAGCACUAGUUUUAUUGCAACAACACUUGGUUGAAGAACGGAGCAUAACGUUGAAAUUUGUGAUAAUUUUAGAAUUAGACAACAGUUUUGACAGUAUUCGACUUCCUUGUGACUGUUACACCAAUCAGAAAAUAACAUGCAACGAGUCAUUCCACAUCCGCGCCGCGGGUGUCCAAUCGCUCGUUGCACGCUGCUGUAAUAUUGUUGUAACGCGUUAAAUGCUCAUAUUGUCCUUUUCAUUGUAAGAGACGUUUAUUUUUACCUCUUAAUUUUUAAAAUCGGAAAGUAGCUUUGUAAAGUUUUUCUGAUAUAAUUCGCGAGGGAUAUUGUGUAUCUAAAUGAAAAAACAUAAUAAAUUUGUAUUAUAAAG